CAAGAUCGGACCGCGAGCGGUUCGUCCAUCUCGGCACAACCCAACAUCGCACGGCGAAAGCACAUCUUAGACAUCAUGGCACAGAAGAAGGCCCUGUGGAGCUCCCUUUCGUCGUUGAACAAGCUCAACCAAAGCGCCAAGUCGACGCUGUACACGCUUGAAACGGCGAAAGGUCCAUUGGAAGGCUUUGCCGCCCACAAUGAGGCGCCACGCGCCCCGUUCCCCCCGUUCACAGCCGAGACGGCGCUGCAGAAGGUCAAGGCCGCUGAAGACGCGUGGAACUCUCGCGAUGCCGAACGGGUGUCUCUCGCAUACACUCCCGACACGGUGUGGCGCAACCGCGACCAGAUUUUUGUUGGACGUGAGGCUGUCGUCGCCUUCCUUCGAUCGAAGUGGGCUCUCGAGACCAACUACACGCUGGUGAAGAACCUGUGGUGCCAUGACAACAACCGCAUCGCCGUACGAUUUACCUACGAAUACCAGCGCAUCUCGGACGGCCAAUGGUUCCGAUGCCAUGGCAACGAGCUCUGGCAAUUCGACGACAAAGGGUUCAUGCAGCAUCGAGAUAUGAGCGGCAACGAUGUUGCGAUAGACGAAUCCGAUCGCCUCUACGUGAAGUAGGGCUCACCUCCAACGACAAAAACGCUUCGAGUUGUAAAUGGAAUACCUUUCCAGCCCUUCAAAUUUCGCGCUUAAUUCACAAUGUCAUCCAUGCAUGCGCAGUCCAUGAACGAGUGA